AUGAAUGCGACAUUCAUCCCACGACAGGAGGAACAAUUGGACAAUUUGUCAUACUUCUUCAUCAAAUGCUUUGAUGAAUAUCACAAAUUCGAGGCAACUUCCAAAAUCAUCGAUGCGAUGUUCCGAAAGUUUCAUGGUGAUCCAUUGUGCAUUGUGGUUUUUUGCAACAAACGUCAAACCGUACAAUGGCUGAAGUGGAUGUUUGUAAUGAACUGUUACAGUGUGUCAGCGAUCGAUGGUACAAUGUCCAAGGAUGAACGUCUGGGUUCUCUUCGAAAGAUCAGAACGGGUGAAAAGAAAAUCCUCAUCUCGACAAACUUGAUGUCUCGCGGUAUCAACAUCCCGUUCACCAAAUUGGUCAUCAAUUUCGACAUGCCAUUGAAUGAAGCCGGUGAUUGCGACACGAAAAGUUUUCUUCACCGCGUUGGUCGCGCCGGACGAUUUGGCCAAAAGGGUGCAGCCGUUACACUGAUAACAAACAAUGAAGUCGACAUCGUAACUGCAUUGGCCAACCUUUACAACCGGGAGGUUAAAGACAAAGUUUAG